UGUGGUCAAAUCCUUAUCACCAGCUAUGGCCGUCAAAACCCACCUGCCCUCUCCAUCUCGGCACCUGGGCAUCAGCCCCUACGCCAGAAGCUAGGACACUGUCCCCUUGAUGUUUCCCAUGGCCGCCUCCAGCUCCUCCCAUGGCGCCUCUCCUGUAUCUCGGCACCUGGGCAUCAGCCCCUACGCCAGAAGCUAGGACACUGUCCCCUUGAUGUUUCCCAUGGCCGCCUCCAGCUCCUCCCAUGGCGCCUCCUGUAUUUCUCUGGCCGUCAGCUGUGGCGCUCGUCGUGGGCGCUGCCUGCCGUGCCCCUGUCCAGUUCUCCACGUCGUCGCUGAGCUCGCCCCUGCCCAAGUACGGUCGCCUCUGUUCCCUCCUCUCUGUCCGUCUGGUGGCAAGUCAUCGUCGACCCUGCCAUGGUGCUGGCUGCCGCAGCACCUGCGUCCUUGCUUCACCGGUCCGCCUAGGUCCGACCAUGGAGCUCGCCCAACUCCUUAGCCACCUCUACUCGUCUCUCUCUAUCUCAGUUCGAGCAGCAGCACGCUGGGGCAGACAUAUGUCCGCGACGCUCGCCAAGUGCUCGAUGAAAUACCGCAGCGAGCUCCACCUCGAUCUGUGCAGCCCCAACCCGCGACGUCACAAUACCCUUGGUACGUUAAUUAAUCACGUAAGGCGGAGGACCAGAGCUGAGUCGACCACAAGAUGCUGUUAAGCAUGGGCUACUCCGCAUGAUGAUGCUGAUGGACAACCCUAGAGAUGGAAAAUCUAAACAAGUGCCAAAACAAAAGGAUGGUCGUCAAGUGAUCGUCGGCUAACAAACACUAACGUAGUGUUUAUUCUAGGCAAGCCCCGGUGCAUGGAUCCUGCUGACGUUUGCUUGCUU